CCCAGAGCUGUCAGGAUGUGCUAAACGUACUGAUCCACAGAACUGCUCAUUCAGCUAAAAACUGUGACACCUCCUUCUGCAACCUGUGGUUUGCUCUGUUCCUUGUGUUUCUGUCAGCCAGGGAGCUGAGCAAAGACUCCUUUGCUUUGUUCCAGGUGAAGAAAGUAUCCAGACAAACCUCCAUGGACAAGCUGUAGAUCUCAAGAUUGGAUUGAGCACAAAUUCCGUGGACGUUGGCAAGACUUUCAUUGGCAUGUCAAACCACACAACCGUGUUCAUUGAAAACAGGAGUAACAUCACAGCCCACUUCCAGUGGAAGACUUUGCCUACUGAGGAAUACGAGAAUGAAGAGAAGAGGAGGCAGUACUUGCUCAGGUGCCGAAAAGCGGUGUGCCUGGAAAACUUCACGGAGGAGAGAAAAACGGAGAAGGGCUCUUGUAAAGAUCAUACUUCCCUCCUGAGGAAUGUGGUCCAAGAGGAGAUGGCAAAGAUACAAGAAGACCCCAUGCUGUUCUCCAGUGCCAUUUUUUGCAUUGAGCCAUUGGAGGGAGAAAUUCAGCCAUAUAGUUGGGCUGAAAUCAAGGUGACCUUCAAACCCUUAGAGGCACUGGAGUACCAAAUUAUGGCUUACUGCAACAUCUCAGGCCGUGAGAGCAGGCUGCCCCUGCACCUCAGAGGGGAAGGCCAAGGACCCUUGGUUGAACUCAGUUGUCCUUCAGUGAACCUUGGGAACAUUCUUGUCAACAACCCCCACAUCUGUGAGGUGAAGCUGAUUAACCAAGGAGCUAUUAAUGCUCCCUUCACCUGUAUUCCUUCAACUACAAAUGUGGGCUUCUUCAAGUUUGCACCUGAGGAGGGCAUCAUUACACCAGGCGAGAUCCAAACUAUUCAGAUCUCCUUCAGUGCCACCGUGCUGGGGAGGUUUGAGGAAGAAGUCCGGUUCAGUGUGGCUGGAUCUCCUGUGCCUGCAAUCCUGACCAUCAAGGGCAACGUCACUCGACCAACUUUACACUUCGAACUCGAUGAGCUCAGCUUCGGGGACAUCUCCUUUGUGACUCUGGGUGAGCAGGCCCAGGGAGAAGCCUCCUCCCCACAGGGCUGGCCAGCCCAGCCAGAUGUCCACUGUAGAGCAGGUCAUGGCUGCUGUCCAGGCUCUGCAGGACAUCCCCACCAUGCCUGGCUGGAUCUGACUUUCCGGUACAGAAAGCAAAUCUCAGAGCUAAAGUGGGGUAAGCCCUUGCAGGCAGCAAUCACGGUGAGCAGCACGGGUGUGAUGUCCCCGUUUGUUGGGUGA